AUGACGUCGGGCUCCAGUUUCACCUCCCACAUUUCGCUCAGCAGCGCCAGCGCCAGCUGCCACUGCUCGGCCUUCUCGCACGCGCUGAUCCCAGCCAUUGUAGCUAACGAGGUUGCGCUCCAGCUUCGCCUCCAAGAUCUCCCUCAUCAGCACCAACGACCGCUGCCACUGCUCGCCCUUAGUGCACGCGCUGAUCCCAGCAUUGUAGCUAUGACGUCGGGCUCCAGCUUCGUCUCCCGCAUCUCGCUCAGCAGCGCGAGCGCCUGCUGCCACUGCUCGCCCUUCUCGCACGCGCUUAUCCCAGCAUUGUGGCUAUGAUGUCGGGCUCCAGCUUCGCCUCCCGCAUCUCGCUCAGCAGCGCCAGCGCCGGCUGCCAUUGCUCGCCCUUCUCGCACGCGCUGAUCCCAGCGCUGUAGCUCACAAAUGACGUCGGGCUCCAGCUUCGCCUCCCGCAUCUCACGGAGCACCGACAGCACGUGUUGCCACUGCCCGCCUUUGCUGCAUGCGCUGACAGUCGCCCUGUAGUGGCUUGUGACAAGUUGCACACUUGAUCGAAUUCCUUCGCGGAGCAAACGCAGUGCUGCGCUCCAUUGUUUUGUCCGACCGCAGUUCUUGAUCGACGCUUCGAGGGAAAUAGCGCCUUCUCGAGACCCUCGACCGAUGUCCGGCAUCCGAAAGACAAGGCAUCGCGGCAUGGAUCCAAAAUACCUGGGGUCAACCUGGUUGGGC